AUGUGGCCUUUCUGUAGCCGUGCUCUCUUCCCACCCCCCACCGAGGCCUGGCUCCAGAGGGCUUCCUCGGACCCCGAGGCCCAGGGCUGGGGGGCCUGGAGCUGGACUGAGAAGACCCCUCUGGAGCCGGAGUGUGGGGACAGGAAAGAGGAGGAGGAGGAAAUUGGGAACGCAGAGAACAGCGAGGAAGAUGCAGGCUUCCCUCUGUUUCUACUCGAGAGUGAGAACCUGCCCGAGGACCUGCCCGGGCACCCAGUACCUGACCAGGAGCUGGAGGCCAUCAAAGUGAAGCUGUGGGCAAUGGAGCAAGCCCAGGAGCCAGAGCUGAGCAGGGCACAGGGCCGGGCAGGAGAAGGGGGAGCGAGGUCUCUGCCGGCUCCACGGCCGCUGAGUCCUGAAACAGGCUGCCCCUGUCCUGAGAACCCCGUGGAGAAGGUGGAAGUGGACCACAGAUCCAUCUAUGUGGGCAAUGUGGACUACGGGGGCACCGCCAAGGAGCUGGAGGCCUACUUCAACCUCUGCGGGGAGGUCCAGCGGGUCACCAUUCUGUGCGACAAGUUCUCCGGACACCCUAAAGGCUAUGCCUACAUAGAGUUCGCUGCUGAGAGCUCGGCCCAGGCUGCUGUGGAGCUGGACGAGAGCGUCUUCCGAGGCCGGGUCAUCAAGGUACUGCCCAAAAGGACCAACUUGCCAGGAAUCAGCUCCACAGACCGAGGGGGCCUGCAGAGACACCCAGGUGCCAGGGGGGCACCCAUGUCCCACAGCAGCAGCUUCCUGGGUGGGGCCUGCUUCAGACUACAAGGGCGGAAGAGGGGACAGGGAAGAGUCUCACCGUGGUAUUCACCGUACUGAAGGAAGAACCAGAUUUUGAGAGUGGGGCGGGUCAGGAUAUACAGCUGUGCUCCCUGUGGGACCAUUUACU